AUGGCAAUAUUGAAACUGCCCUUUUUUUCUAAACAACCAGAAGUAAAACCUUGGAGCUUUCCUGAGGAAAAACACGAACGAAUAACAGAUUAUUUGUACGGACGAGAAGUAAAUUUAAAUUCACCAUAUAUUCCAAGAGAUUAUUCAAAAUAUGUUUCAAGUAAAAUACCACAAUUAAUUCAAGAAUCUGAAAUAAAUAUGGAAAACCAUGAUAAAAUAUUUUCAUCGCAUUGGAUAUCAUAUGACGAAAUUGUUAUAGGAACCAAAUAUAACGGAAAUUGUUCAGGAAUCCGUAGUAUUGCCGUUAAUCCGUCAAAGACACUUUUAGCUGUGGGCGCCGGAAAACCAUAUCAAGUCACAAUUUAUGAAUUACCUUCAUUUGAUCCUGUUGCUGUAUUUGCUUAA